AUGGCCGACAAGACGUGCCGGAUUCUGGUCAUGGCCAGCGGCAACGGCUCCAACUUCCAGGCGCUCGUCGAUGGCAUUGCGGCCGGCAGCAUCACGAACGCGCGCAUCACGCGGCUGAUUGUGAACCGCGGCAAGGCGUUUGCGACGCAGCGGGCAGACAAGGCGGGCAUCCCCUGGGAGUACUUCAACAUGGUGACGCACGGGUUCCAGGCCAAGGGCGAGAAGGACGCCGCGGCGCUGCAGGCGGGCCGCGAAGCGUACGACGCGGCGCUGGCGCAGAAGAUUCUGGACGCGCAGCGCGACGACGAGCGGCCACAGCUCAUAGUCUUGGCCGGCUGGAUGCACGUCUUCACCAAGGCGUUCCUGGACCCGAUUGACGCGGCGGGCAUCAAGGUCAUCAACCUGCACCCGGCGCUGCCCGGCAAGUACGACGGCGCGGGCGCCAUCCAGCGCGCGUACGAUGACUUCCAGGCGGGCACGCUGGAGAACAACACGACAGGCAUCAUGGUGCACUUUGUCAUUGACGUGGUGGACCGCGGCGCGCCGAUUCUGACGCGCGAGAUUGUGGUGCAGCCCGGCGAGACGCUGGCCGACCUCGAGACGCGCAUCCACGCCGAGGAGCAUGCGCUGAUUGUGGCGGCGACACAGAAGGUCGUGCAGGAGGUCGUGCAGGCCGAGGAGCGCUCGUCAUUAUGA